AUGGCGGCCAUGGAGGAGCUGGAGAUUCACAGCAAGUCUUAUUUUGUUCGUUGGAUCAAUGUCAACGCCAGCCAUACCAUCUCCUGGAGCAUCCAGCCACACAAGAAGUCCGUCAACUUUGGCAUCUUCAAGCACCCGGGACAGUCUUCCGCUCUGAGCUCCCAGAUUCCUGCUUCCGAUUCACAAAGCACCGAUUCCACCGAGAACCUCCCCGCAACCGCAUCAACCGCCGGCGCGCGCCAACAACAAUCCGCUAUCAUCGAGAAAUUGACUGGGAUUGGUCUGAAGACCAUCAAGUGGACCGGGAAAUGCGAGGCAGACAAGAUCACGCAAGGUACCUACGAUGUACCACCCCAUGAAGGAGGAAACUACGCGCUUGUGUUCGACAACACAUUCUCCAAACAAAUCUCCAAGACCCUGACGCUGGUCCUCUUGACCUACCCGACCGGACUCCCACCUCAUACCUCCUCUUCGACUUCCGCCGGACGCGCUCAGGCAGGUGCAUCGACCGAUUCAUUGCCGCAGCCCAAGACUCGGGGGAGGGGUAACAGCCGGGCUACUCUGAACUCUCAGAUUGACACGUCGAAUCAGAAUGUCCACACGGGGCUGCUGCAAAAGCGACGCCGGAAACGCCACCAAGGCUGGGCGCGUCGGUACUUCUCGCUAGAUUUCACCUCGUCCACCCUGUCCUACUAUCAUGACCGCAACUCCGCCGCACUGCGGGGUGCCAUCCCGCUGUCCCUCGCGGCCGUCGCGACCAAUGAGAAGUCUCGGGAGAUUUCAAUUGACUCUGGGACCGAGAUCUGGCACCUGCGUGCCGGUAACGAGCAUGACUUUGGUGCGUGGAAACAAGCCUUGGAAAGAGCUUCUUCCAAGGAUGCUCCGAAAGAGCCCAGUUCUGCACUGAGUGUUCCUCCCGAAUUGCGGCUCUAUGCCCCUACACAGGCUUCGCCUGCUGAAGAGCACGAAUGGACGCGUGUGCAGAGCCUUGUCAGCCAGGUCUCUGGCUCGCGAGAUGCCAUCCGUCGUCUUGCUAAGGAUACAGACCCGAAGUAUCUCACCUCUCCGACUCCCAAUGUCAAUGUCGACCGGCCUCGGUCGCGUGGUCGGUCGCCGAGUCCUCAGCCCAGCCCUCCCUCCGCUACGCAGGAGGCGACUCCGACCGAGGAGAUCAAACGGCCAUUUUGGAAGCGCAAGACUAGUAAUCAGUCGCAGACGAGCAGCAAGCGUCCGCCAGCUGUGUCCUCGACAUCAAGCUCGUCGCAACUCGUGGUGCCUUCGAAGGAGAGCAAGGGAAAGCCUGCCAGUAUCACCAGUCAUACCGACAACAUGGAUGAAAUUCAUGAUCAUCUGAUGGCGGUGCUGCGCGAUCUGGACCAUGCUGUCUCCGAGUUCUCCACGCUGAUUGCUGAGAGCAGGGAGCGACGACACCCACCUCGGCCCUCUAUGGUUCCCCGGCGGAGCAUGGAGUCUGACAUGUCGCAGGAGUUCUUUGACGCAACGGACGGUGGCGGGGACAGGUCUCCCCUGCUGACCAUUCAAGAUAGCGACGAUGAGGGCCCUGAAGAGGACCGACCUGGCUCUGCGGUCGAGGAAGUUGAGGACGACGCCCCGUCAGACAGUGACAGUGUCUCUGAUGCAACAGCAACUCGUCAAGAAAGCGGCAGUGCCUCGGGACUAUUCCCUAUCAAGCCCAAGUCAUUGAUCCCGCUGCCUUUGGACCCUAUCAAACGUCGUGCAACUAUUCUCGCUCCGACUGUCUUGCCUCCAAGCUUGAUCGGUUUCCUUCGCAAGAAUGUCGGCAAGGAUCUAUCCACAAUCUCAAUGCCCGUUUCCGCCAACGAGCCAAUGUCCCUGCUGCAACGUGCAGCGGAAAUUCUGGAAUACUCCGAUCUUCUCGACAAGGCCAGCCAAUCCUCAGACCCCGUCGAGCGCCUGAUGCUCGUGACUGCAUUCGCAGUCUCCUCCCUCUCAUCCAACCGCGUCCGCGAACGUUCCAUCCGCAAACCAUUCAACCCCAUGCUCGGCGAAACCUACGAACUAGUCCGCGAAGACCGCGGCUUCCGCUUCAUCGCCGAGAAAGUCUCCCACCGCCCCGUCCAGCUCGCCUACCAAGCCGACAGCAAAGAAUGGUCUCUCUCUCAAUCCCCACUCCCCAGCCAAAAGUUCUGGGGCAAGUCCGCCGAGAUCACAACCGAAGGUCGCGUCCGCGUAACCCUCCACUCAACAGGCGAUCGCUUCAGCUGGACCCCCGCAACAUCCUUCCUGCGCAAUAUCAUCGCAGGCGAAAAAUACGUUGAACCAGUCGGUGAACUCUCAAUCACAAACGAAUCAACUGGCCACCGCUCAAUCUCCACUUUCAAAGCAGGUGGCAUGUUCUCCGGUCGCAGCGAGGAAGUCACUACCCGCGCUAUCGACUCGAACAGUGCCUCCCUCCCAUUGGGUCUGACGGGAACAUGGCCUUCUUCCUUGACUCUUACCCGCGAUGGAAACCCUACUGGUAACACAGUCUGGAAUGCUGGCUCGCUCGUUCCCUCCGCGCCUAAGCACUAUGGUUUAACGGCUUUCGCGGCUACACUUAACGAGAUCACUUCGAUUGAAGAUAAGCAUCUACCUGUCACGGACUCGAGACUGAGACCUGAUCAGCGCGCACUGGAAGAGGGUGAUCUCGACCGUGCGGAGGAGGUUAAGGUUCAGCUUGAAGAAGGACAGCGUUCGCGGAGACGGGAGAUGGAGGAUGCGGGGGGAGAGUUGGACGCCGCGCUGGUUCACGCGGGUUGGUGGUGA